AUGUGUACCACAGAUAUCCCCGUAACUCAAACAGCUGCACGAGUCCAGAACCCUGGACCAGAAGCUCGAAUUGUCAUUCAGAACGAGCAGGCUGUUCCUCAGAUAACAGAAAACCAAAUCCUUGUGAAACUAGUAGUCGCUGGUUUAUGUCACUCUGACCUCAAUCGCGUUUAUGGCACGUUGCCAUUGAUCUCAGAGAUAGUUGGCCAUGAGGGAGUUGGUAUAGUGGUGAAAGCUGGGUCUGCAGCCACCUCCCAUAUGAUCAAUAAGAGAGUCGGACUAGGAUGGUUAAGUCGCCCUUGCAUGGAGUGCGAGAUUUGCGACGUUGAGUAUACAUCGUGCCCCAAGCAACAAAACCUGGGCAGGGAUCUUGCUGGCACUUUCCAACAGUACAUAGCCGUUGACGCUGACUUCGUUCAUCCACUGCCUGACAACUUGCCGAGUGAGAUCGCUGCACCUCUACUCUGUGCUGGUAUCUCUAUGUACUCUGCUAUCAGGAAAUGCAAUUUGCAGACUGGCAACUGGCUGUUGAUCCCUGGUGCAGGCGGUGGACUGGGACAUCUUGGAGUGCAGAUUGCAAGAGCUCAAGGCUACCGAGUCAUUGCGGUCGAUACUGGCGAAGAUAAGAGGAGGAUUUGUCUCGAGUUUGGGGCUGUUCACUUUAUCGACUACUUGACCGAAGAUGUGCCAGGAGAAGUCACAAGACUCACAUCUCUAGGCGUCCAUGGUGUUAUCUGUACAGCAGGAUCCAUCACUGCCUAUCAACAAGCAGCUCAAUGCGUACGGAACGCAGGGACCACAGUUUGUAUUGGCGUCAACCCGCAAAAUCUCCCUAUUUCUCCACUAGACAUGGUUCGCCGAGGCCUUAGGCUUAUUGGAAGUGCUGUUGGCACGCUUCCUGAAAUGCAAGAGCUUUUUCAACUUGCAACUCGGGGAGAAGUAAAGCCACUUAUUACGCUGGUUCCGUUCGACCAGAUUGAUACAAUGGCAAAGAAACUUGAGAAAGGACAAGUGAACGGCAGAAUAGUGAUGGAAAUGCCACAGUAG